AGAAGUAUGGCUGUUCUCUACCAAAACAACUCUUGAAGAAAUUCCAGGAAUGGAGCGCAUUUUAUGUUAUCUCACUGUGCAGACUUAUCAAUAUUGUCCUCGUGGAAUAUCUGUCGGUACCGUUCUUCCGGGUACUAAUCGUUGGGACGUCCAGUAAAGUUACCCAAAAUACUGGACAAGUCUCCAGCUGGGUCUCGACGCGACUGAAGCUACCCCAGAGCUUUUAAUAACGAAGCUCCUCGAGAUCCAAUGCUGCUGAAGGCUUAUUAACAAGAAUGGAGUUGCGGUUUGAGACCUUUGCUCCCAUACAUCUCGGCCCAACCAGACAUCACUAUUAUUCAACGCCUUAACAAUUGCAUAAGUUCAAAUCGAAGACAUUCAACUGCUGUCGGUGCUGGUAUAGACCCCAUGUUCAUACCGGCAACGUCCCACCCACAGACAAGAUGUCGGACUACUCAGAUGAAGAAGCAGACGUCCUAUCCGACCACCUUGAGUCAUCUAGCUCCGAGGACGAAGGUGUCCCCCCUCCACCCCUCCACCAAAACUUCUUCGCACCUCCUUUCUACGGGCGUCCCCCCACACCUCUCCCACCCUCACCCUCCUUAACUUCUCUCCUUCGCCCCUCGCGCCCAACCACCCCGGAUGCCUCAGACGACGAACUGGAGCCCGUCCCGCGCGCCAGCCCCAAGGUGCCCACAUACGAAUACUACGGCUUCGUUCUAUACGUCUUCUCUACGCUGGUCUUCCUCGUCUACCUGCUAUGGGCGUACCUCCCGUCGCCCUUCCUGCACGCCAUGGGCAUCUACUAUUACCCGAACCGGUGGUGGGCGCUGGCGGUCCCGGCCUUCAUCACCAUGCUUAUUGUGUACAUCUACAUUGCGCUCGCGGCAUACAACACCGAGUACCUGACGUUGCCGCUGUCGUCCAUCGAGACUAUUGUUGACGAGGCGGCGAAUAUCGCUACUAUCGACUCCAAGGGCCGAAUUAGGCCAAUUGCGGGCCAUGGUAGUGGGGAGGGGACCGGGCGGGUGAGGCAGCAGAUGCACUUCUUGACUGAGGCGAAGGGCCGUGAAUUGCGUUGGAGGGACAUUUGGAACGAGGGUACUGAUGCCGUGAUGGAUAUCCCACUUGCCGGCGUCAAUGAGGUGCUUUAUGGUCUUGGUAGGGACGUAGAGAGCGAAGAUGGUUACUGAGUGAUAUACCAUGCCUCGCACUGGUAUGGCAUUUUGGCUGGUCACUUCCCCAAGGAUGUAAGUAAGUAUACUGCGAGGAUGAGAAAGGCUGUUACAAAUUUGUAUACCAAGUUGGUUUCAGACACUGAUAAUAUAGGAGUAAGAUUGUUACUUGGACGGCGUUUCUAGAAUGACCGCAGAAGAUUAAAUGUACUAUGUAAUAUAUGAGAAAUGUAUAAGAAUAGAUUAUAGAAGAUAAGAUUGUGGAACUACAAUGCCUUCUUUUGUUCGUUUCUUUGUAUAAUUAUAGGAGAAAGGAGUGCGUUAUUCAGG